GAAUCCCGCAGCUGGCUCUUCCGUCUGUAGAAAUUCUACCAAUCUCUCAAAGCACACUUUGAGGGAAGCAAACAAGGUGCGUUGUGACUGGAUUUGGUGUGGUUUUAUACAACUUAUAUAUAUAUAUUAUACAACUUAUACAACAAGCGGCGUGCGGAAACAUUAAACAUAUUUUACCUCUGUCCUAGUGCAGACUUUUAUCAACCGCGCUAUCACCGUUGGCCUUCGGCUUUGGAAUUGCACAAUGCAACGACUACAAGUUUUAAAGGACAUGGUCAUUGGUUUGGAUCCUGUCCAAAAGCAGCUUGCAGUAGGUUCAGCUGUGGUAGCAGGGGCUCUACUGACAUACCUGGUGCUCAAAAGAAGACAAGUGAAAAGUAUUCCUCUUGGUAAAGGCUGGUGGGGAGCAGGACAGAAGCCACUGUCAGAGGAUGAAAAAAUCUAUCCCUUCAAAGUGCAAACUUCAGAUGAAGAGAUUCAGGACCUUCAUGAGCGCCUUGACAGAUUCCGCUACAAUGAUCCUUUAGAAGAUAGCGGCUUCCAUUACGGCUUCAAUUCCAGUUCUCUGAGGGAAGUGGUUUCCUACUGGAGAAACGAGUUUGAUUGGAAAAAGCAGGUGGCAGAGCUCAACAAGUAUCCACACUUCAAAACUAAAAUAGAAGGACUGGAUGUGCACUUCAUCCAUGUGCGGCCACCACACCGUGAGAAUCAGAGGGUUCUGCCCCUUAUGCUCGUUCACGGCUGGCCUGGCUCUUUCUACGAGUUCUACAAGAUUCUGCCACUUCUCACAGAGAACCAGGAUGGUCUUGCAUUUGAGGUCAUCUGCCCAUCCAUCCCUGGCUACGGUUUCUCAGACGCCCCUCGUAAACAAGGAUUUGACAGUCUCGCUGCUGCAAGAAUUUUCCUGACACUGAUGGAGCGUUUAGGGUUCUCCCAGUUCUAUCUGCAGGGGGGAGACUGGGGCUCCCUCAUCACCACAAACAUGGCACAGAUGAAGCCUUGGUGCGUGAAAGGACUGCACUUGAACAUGUUUAUGAUAAGAAGGGGGUUCAAAGUUUUGCUGUCCAUCGUGAUUGGUCGUUAUCUGCCCUUCCUAGUGGGCCUCAGUCGGGAAGAUGUUCGCCGGUUGUUCCCUUUCGUUGAGAAGAAUGUCUGGGAAAUCCUGGAGGAAUCAGGCUACUUACACAUCCAAGCCACUAAACCAGACACUGCAGGGUGUGGAGUGAAUGACUCUCCUGUGGGCUUGGCAGCCUACAUUCUGGAGAAGUUCUCCACCUGGACUGAAAAGAAGAACAGAGAUCUGGUGAAUGGUGGACUGGAGAGGAAAUUCAGCCUUGAUGACCUCUUGACAAAUGUCAUGAUCUACUGGACCACAGGCUCCAUAGUCUCCUCCAUGCGCUUUUACAAGGAGAACUUGAAGAAUAAUCUUGACAACAGAGUAGAUGCAAAGAUAGGCAUAUUUGUGCCCACCGGACUCGCCGCCUUCCCUGAGGAGCUGAUGCAUUGCCCCAGGUCAUGGGCAGAAACUAAGUAUAAAAACAUCUACUCCUACACCUUUAUGCCUCGAGGUGGUCACUUUGCUGCCUUUGAGGAGCCCCAGCUGCUAGCCAACAAUCUUAUCCAGUUUGUCAGAGAAGUGGAGAAAUUCUGAACCCAUUGAUUCACCCUCACACCAAUGUAAUCAUGGUACAGCUGUUCUUUAUUACUGCAGUCGUGUCUGCAGCACUGUCAAAAUCAUGUCCAGAUUUUUAAAAAAGUAAACAUAUACACAGAUCAUACUUAAUCCAUUGUUUUCAAGAGCUUGACUAAAGAAUGCAAUAUAAUGCCUUAAACCGUUCAAGUCAUUCCAAUUAAAAAUAUAUUGCACAAAUA